GUGUGCUCCUUGAAAGGGGCUAGCCAGUUAGGGAGCUCGACACGCUUGGUAAUGGUACUAAAGGGGGCCUUGGAGGUGAUGCCAGCCUCACCGUCAUCUACGAGUUCUUCACCUUCGGGAUUUACUCACACAAAAGACUUUACUACACCGCCAUGUCGAAUAUCGUAGCCGGACUAGCCGUGCUGGCCGUUCUCGUAGCCGUUUAUCUGCUCCUCACCGUCGGAAAACGAGACCCCAGAUUGCCGCCAGGACCACCUACCUGGCCAAUUCUCGGUAACCUACACCAAAUCCCCACCAAACGCACGCACCUGCAGUUCGCAAAAUGGGCCAAGCAGUACGGCGAGAUCUACUCGCUCAAAUUUGGCCCGGGGACAUCCAUCGUCAUCUCCUCGCCGCGCCUCAUCAAGCAGCUGGUCGACAAGAAGUCGAACCUGUACAGCCGCCGGCCGCCCUCGCACGUCGGCGGCAUCAUCUCGGGCGGCGACCAUCUCCUGCUGAUGCAGUACUCGGACCAGUGGCGGACUUGCCGCAAGCUGGUGCAUCAGUUCUUCCGCGAAGAGAUGGUCACGAAGCACCACAUCGACGUCGUCGACGCCGAGGCCGUGCAGAUGCUCCGUGAUUUUGUGGUGCAGCCCGAGGGUUGCAUGAGACACCCCAAGCGGUUCAGUAACAGCAUCAUCAUGAGUUUGAUCUACGGCACACGCACGCCGACCAUCCAGACCAAGCACAUGGUGAAGCUGUACGCGCUAAUGGAGAAGUGGUCCCAGGUGAUGGAAGCCGGCAACACGCCGCCGGUGGACAUCUUCCCGUUCCUCAAGCUCGUGCCCGAGCGGUUCCUGGGCAUGUGGCGGUCGCGCGCGCAGGGCGUGGGCCGCGAGAUGAACGCGCUCUACAGCGAGUGGCUAGAGUACGUGAUCCAGCGGCGCAAGGACUCGGGCAGCCGCGACUGCUUCCUCGACCGGGUGCUGGACCAGGGCGAGAAAGUCGGGCUCGACAAGCACGGGCUGUAUUUCCUGUGCGGGACCGUCAUGGAGGGCGGCUCCGACACGACCAGUUCCUUGGUGAUUGCCUUCCUGCACGCCAUGACCAAGUGGCCGGGGGUGCUGCGGCGGGCGCAGGCCGAGAUGGACGAGGUGGUGGGCGAGGACCGCACGCCGACGUGGGCCGACCACGCGCGGCUGCCGUACGUGGCGGCGUGCGUCAAGGAGGCCCACCGGUGGCGGCCCGUCACGCCGCUGGCGUUCCCGCACUCGCUCGCCGAGGACGACUGGGUCGACGGCAUGUUCCUGCCCCGCGGCAGCGACAUCUUUGUCAACGCCUUCGGUAUGCACCACGACGAGGCCCGCUUCCCCGACCCGGACACGUUCGACCCGGCGCACUACGAGGGCGUCACGGCGCUGGCGCCCGAGCUGGCCAACGGUGACUACGCGAACCGCGAUCACUACGGCUAUGGUAGCGGCCGCCGCCUGUGUCCAGGAAUCCACUUGGCGGAGCGGAAUCUGUUCCUGGCGCUGGCCAAGCUGGUGUGGGCGUUCGAUAUCGGGCCGGGCAUUGACGCCGCGGGGCAUGUCAUUGAGCCUGAUGUCAGUAACGAGAAGGGUUACUGCUCGGGGUUCCUGGUAUGUGCGGAAGACUUCCCGUGCACUAUCACGGUGAGGUCCGAGGCCAGGAAGGCGACAAUCUUGAGGGAGAGCGACAAGGCCAAGGCUGAGGUGUUUUCUCGCUAUGAGACACCCAAGGAAUAA